AUGAUUAUUUCACUAGCAUUCGUUUGUAUAAAUGAUCUUGAUAAUGCAAUAGAUGUACUUUCAAAUUAUUUAUCCGAGGAACUACACUCAAUGUUGGAAUGGUUCGAAGAUAACUACAUUGGUAGAAUGAAUCGUAAUAACCGAAAUCGAAGAAAACCUCGAUUUGCACCUCAAACGUGGAAUUUAUAUCAACGUGUUUUAAAUUAUCAGAACAAAACAAAUAAUCUUGCAGAAGCAGCAAAUCGUAGGCUAAAUAUUGAAAUGGGAUGUGAUCACCCUACGUUAUGGUCAUUUAUAAUAAAUUUGAAAAAAAUUCAAGACGGUCGGGAUAUAUAUUACAACCAGCUUGAAAAAGGGAGAAGUCCACCAAAAAAAUAA